UUGGCUUUAAAUAUGUCCAAGUCUUCGUUUCUAUCGUAUGAUUUUGGAUAAAGACAUACAAGCCAAAGAAUUUUUCCUCCAUUGAGAAGUAGCGGAUGAAUCAAUCAGAGUCGUAUGAUUAGUAAAUUAGUAGUUAGUACUACUAGCUUAGUAGUAUAUAGACAAUAUGGGUAUUCAUGUAUGAUCUUAUAAACCCUCACCAUCAUUUCCAAAACCAAUAUCCAAGAGCUUUGUUUUUCUUGUAAACCAUGGUUAGAUUUUCGUUUUCGAAUCUUCUAAAGGAGGUUGUGGGUAUGUUAAACGAAUCUCGCAAACUAUUUCUCAAGAAUAAGAAGUUGAUGUUCUCUGUCUUGGUAUUUUCUCUCUUGCUCAAUGGUUUAGUUUACUUGUUCAACGUCCUUACCAUUACACUUGAUAUAACAAACUUGACUCAAGAUUUAAAUUUGUUACCUACGAUGGAUCCAAGCAGCGCGAAUUACAUAACCCAACUUAUGGAAGUUUUUGCAGCUUUUGGCCUAUUUGGUGUUUCUUCAGACAUCUUUGGCGUUGUCUCUUUCAUCAUCAACCUUGUAUCCGUCCUAGUCAUCGUCCAUGCUUCGGCUCUUACUUAUAAUGAUGAGAACGUCAAGUUCAAAGAUAUUGUGGUUCGGACCCUUCACUCUUGGAAGGGACCUCUUGUGACCUAUUUCUACAUUUGUCUCUCUAGUCUUGGUUACUGGGUUUUCUUCGUUACAAUACUUUUUCCUCUCCUUUGGUUAAGUUCUGCUUCAUUGAUUUCCUUCGCAGCUGUGUCCUGCGUUUUGCUUGUUCUUUUCGCAUUGUUUGCGUCCUAUUUAGCUAUCGUCUGGUACCUAUCUUUGGUCGUAUCAGUACUAGAGGAAACUUAUGGGAUGCAAGCUUUGGGAGAAGCUGUAAAGAUUGCUAAAGGGAUGAAUCCAAAACUAUUUCUCUUGAAUCUUUUCUUCGGUUUAUUGAUCUUCGGUUUAGAUCAGAUCGAGACUCUGGGGAGUCUAGUGCUGUCAACAUUUGUUGUGAUGUUUCUACUUAUGACUUACACCGUUGCAUAUUUCCAAUGUAAGAGCCUCCACGGCCAAGACUUUGAGUCGCUGAGGGAUGCUGAAUAUACGAUACUGCCGACUACUUCGCUUAUAGGAGCAAUGCCUUGAAAUCUUUAAAGAGACGGACAUAAUAUGUUAGUCUCGUGAAUGGAUUGUUUGUUUUAUUCUGGGAUUUAGUAAACUAUUAUUUUGAAGUAUCAAAGGUCUAAGUUACAAAGGUCUAAGUUACAAAAAAAAAAGUAUCGAAGUCUGGUUGUCUUAUAACGUAAUAAAAUCUCUAUAUAUUUUUA